AUGUCUAUCAAGUAUGGACGUUUGGAAGACGGGCGACGUGUUUUCGACAGAAUGGAGGCCCGGACGCUUGGCUGCAACCGAAGGAAACUUAUACACCAGCGAAUACUUCAGCAGAAGAUGAGCGUCGACGUAAUCCUGGGAACAGCCAUUGUCAACAUGUAUGGAAAAUGUGAUUGCUUGAGCGAAGCCGAGGAGUUCUUUGACAGUAUACCUCUUCCCGACGUCGUCACUCGCAAUGCCAUGAUAGCUGGUUAUGCUCAGCACGGUCACCUCGGCAAAGCUCUUGGUCUGUUCGCCAAAAUGAAGCAGGAGGGAGUGAGACCCGAUGGUGCCACCUUUCUUAGUGUUCUGUGUGCUUGUAGCCAUGCUGGUAACUUGAAAAAAAGAUCCGAGUUCUUCAUAUCAAUGCUGGUCGAUUACGAGGUUAAGAUUUCUGUUGAGCACUGUGGUUGCAUGCUGGAUCUGCUGAGCCGGUCAGGAAUGCUGCGUGAAGCAGAGGAUCUCCUAAAAAAGUAUCCGACUUCAGCCAGAGAUGCCGAGUGGAUAACGUUGCUGGCCGCGUCUAUGACUCAAAGUGAUGCAACCGUGGCUCAAAACGCAGGAGAGGGCCUUAUGAACUGCCGCCCCGAGAGCUCUUUCCCAUACGUCGUGCUUUCCACUGCUUUGAGCAUUGAUGAGGAGGCUGCCUGA